AUGGCCAUGUCGCUCGCCCGCCCCGUGAUCCGCUCCCCUGCCCUGCGGAUGGCCUCACGGCGCUUCGACAGCACCGCCGCCGCCGCCAAGGCCACCGAGGCCGCCAGAGACGGCGCGUCCAAGGCCCAGCAGGGCUUGUCGCGCGUCGCCAGCGCCGCCGGGCCUGCCAUUGCCGGCGCGGCCCGCGGCGUCGGCAAUGCGCUGGGCGGCAUCGGCGGCCGGACGGGCCGCCUGAUCAAGGCCGUUGAGCGACGAACCCCGGUUGUCGUGUACUACGCCAAGGUCGGCGCCGAGACUGCCAAGCUGGUCUUCCAGGGGCAAAAGAUGAGCCCGCCCUCCGUCGCCUCGUUCCAGGCCUUCUACCAGAACCUGUGGGCGUCGGUGCAGAACCGCACGCUGCUCAGGGCGCCGCAGAACCUCGUGCAGCAGGCCCGCAACGUGAGCACCGCGCAGCUCGUGGCCGGCGGCGUCGUGGCCGCCGAGUGCCUGGGCUUCUUCACCGUCGGCGAGAUGAUGGGCCGUUUCAAGAUUGUCGGCUACCACGGCGAGACUGCCUCGCACCACUGA